UCUUUUGAAGUGGUCUUAAAGGAGAAGUUCAAUCCCUUAAAGUGAAUUUGUUUUAUUAAAUUAAAAUCAAGUUUUCAUACAGAGGAUGUUGGUGUUGAGUAGUUCAACCUAUGUAUGAAAGCAGACAAAGUGCAAAACAACAAACUGGCCACUUGCCAAUUUAAUUAUGAAGACCUGAGAUCUGUUCUGAGAGUUACCAACGUUGAUUUACUGUCAAAAUGGGGAAUGGGGGUCUUUCAAUUUUAGGCUUCUUGUUUAUUUUAUUAUUAUUUAACACAUAAAUUCUACAUCAAAUCAAUUCUGAGACGGCCCGUUGGUCAAAUUUUGAACCUCAUUGUUCUCCGUGGGCCAAAUGUACUAAAUCCUGAUUUCUGAAAUCUGACAUUUGUGUCUGUCCCAAAUGUGGUAAAAUGUGUCUUGAUACUACAGCUGUAAUAGCGCAGACAUGAGUGGCUGACAGAGAACAAUGCGAGAAAAGGUUAUUGUUAACUGACAAUAGAGCUGCCAGAUGAGAACUUCCAAUUAAUGUAUUGCUACAGGUUAAGAUAAAUACGUAAGUAUAAAACGUAUAAUAAAUGAAUAAAUAAAGGUAAAUUGGCGACCAGAUACUUCCUUGUUAAUCGCUACACCAAAUGACGGCGUACUCGGCUGUUUUUGUUGUUUGGUUGCCCGUGACUAACCCACGAAGAAGGCGGAAAUCAUCGUAGAUACAGCGCUGGUGUCAGUAGAAGAAGCCGUAGUGGUGACUGUCCACAUUAACUGAGGAGAGUCAGACUUUGUCCAGGAAACUUCUACCACUUACCACAAUGUUUCUUUUUAGAAACGUAUUGAAAUGUUCGUGUUUGUUCGUUACCGUUUGUUUUAUGACGAGGGAUUGUCAGGGGAUUGACCUGGACUUUCAGGAGGAGUUUUUAAAGCGAGAAUAUAGCCUGAGCAAGCCCUACAGAGGUUUGGGCUUCUCCAGUUCUUCACAGUGGGAUCUGAUGGGCACUGCCAUGGUGACGACUGACCAUGUGAGACUGACCCCAGAUCUGCAGAGUAGACAGGGAGCUGUGUGGAGUCGGAUCCCUCUUGUCUUGAGGGACUGGGAGCUGAAGGUACAUUUUAAAAUCCAUGGCCUGGCAAAGAAGAAUCUAAACGGAGAUGGAAUGGCAAUCUGGUUGACCAAAGAUCGUAUGCAGGAUGGGUCUGUGUUUGGGAGCAAAAAUUACUUUGUUGGACUCGGAAUAUUUGUGGACACAUAUCCAAACUCUGAGAAAUUAUUUGAUAGAACUUUCCCAUAUAUAUCAGUGACGUUGGGAAAUGGAACUUUGUCAUACAAUCAUAAUCAGGAUGGUCGACCUUCUGAACUGGGAGGGUGUGCAGCUAUGGCUCGAAACUCCAUCUAUGACAACUUCCUCCUUAUCAAAUACACAAAAAACAGGCUCACGGUGAUGGUGGAUGUGGAUGGAAAGCAAGAGUGGAGGAUAUGUGCUGACAUCACAGGACUGAGACUGCCUUUAGGUUAUUACCUUGGUGCCUCUGCUGCUACUGGAGAACUGUCAGAGAUUCGCCACUAUGGGAGACACAGGAGAGCCCAUAGCGCAGCCAUGCUUUCGUCUGUAGAAAGACUCGUUGAACUGGAAGUAAGUGGUGGUGAGGCAGAAAUCCAGAAGGGCACAAAUGUGAUCAAUGGUCAGGUUAGUUCUUACCCUCAGCGUGUGGUCUUAUAGUAAGUGCAUCCUCACUGUUGCUGCUGUUUCUGUAGUGGGGAUACAUGUAAAAAUUUAUGUGAUGUCGUAAGAGACCAUGGUCUCAUCCGUGUCCAGUUUUAGGCCCCUUAUCUUGUUAGAGAUGUCCUGUGAGGUGAUAUCAUAAGUGACAUAAUUGAUUCUGCUGUUGAUAGGUCUGAGUGCCUACAUUGUGGAUUUGGGGGAGACCAUAAAUACGGGGAAUGGCUUCUCCCGAUAUAGCCGGUGGUACAGUGGUCUAUCGAUGAGUUUAUCCGUUUCCAGCUGUUGGAGGCAGUUGGAGGACUGUUUACAUUUGACCAGUUGACCCCAAGGCCCCUCCCAACAGCAGGGAGCUGGAGUAGCUUUAUUCUUUGUCACACCCAGAGUAUAUAUUUGCUGUACUCUCCACCACCAGUUAGAAUUGAAGAAGCCUCUUGGAUGAGAGGCGAAACAUUUCUUCUUUAACCCUGACCAUGACCUGGAUGACUGACAAUCUUCAUAGACUUGUAUGUUUUAGUUUGGAGUCUGAUAUGACCCAGGAAUUUGAGUCAAAUUAUAGUGAGGUAAUUGAAUAAAUAUAAGGAUAUUUGUAAUGGUUCAAGGAGAAACAUAUAGAAAACAUAUUGGGUCUCUGUAAAGUGUGCACAAAACACAAUAGUCAGCGUGUGUGUGUUCAUGUUCGUACUAUUGCUAAUGAAGACAAUAUGUCCUGGUGGAGGACAUUUUGCAGGCCCUGACUGAGUGAGAGGGUAUUUAAAGUUUAUGUUUAGUUUGAGAGUAAGGAAUCAAAUAAGGUUAAGAUUAAAGAUGACUUAAUAAAACCUUUUAUGUCCGAUACUGCAACUUGGAGUAUCUGCCAAUACAGAUAUGAAUUCGAUACCUUUUUUUCCCUCCAGCAUGCCAUGGGCUGCCGUUGCUGAGUUGAUAAUUUUCUUGUUUACAGCAUGUUGCACAAUGUUAGGUUGAGCAUUUCGAAUUGGACGUACUACUGUUUUUUCAAUGGGUGAUACUGAAAUUUUGACCAGUAUCCGAUUGAGCUA